AGUGGUAGUGUAGCAUCAACUGACAUUUGAUCAUUUGACAUAAUUGUCAGUGUCUUGUCCUGUGUCAAGUUAUCUGUCAAAGAAAUGUUAGAGAAUAGAAGAAUAGUUUUGGGAAAUUACAAAUUAUAUAAUUCGUCUUUGUAUUGACUAGCUACAAUUGUAUCAACAAAUACAUAAAAACAUUAACGAUUAAACAUGCUAAAGUUUACCGUAAAAUCAGCUAUACUCGGUUCAGCAGUCUAUUAUACAGUUGAUAAAGGAGUAUGGAAAGAUAGUACAACGACUAGUGAACUAUAUGAGGAAUUAGAAAAGGGUGUUUCCCCUUAUGCUGGCGAAUUAAGAAAACAGAUUCCUUAUGAGCUUCCACCUCUACCCUCAAAUGAUAGAUUGACAUACUUGUUUAAAUAUUAUUGGAACUGUGGUGUUAAGACUACAUUCAGAUUUCUAGUCGACCUCCCCACACAUGCUUCUAAUGCUGCUAUCAAAACAUAUGAUUUUGUUUCCUCUUCGGUUGAACCAAUUCAAUCAAGUCCAGAGAAAAGCCAAGAUGCAAAAUGAAUUGAAAAAUAAUUACAUGCAAUGUGUUAUGUUAUGAACAACUUAAAUUAUUAAUAAAAUGUGAUGUAACAAAAAUG